UGAUCUUUUAGUUGAAAAAGUAGAUAAAGUUUCUGAAACCGAACUUCGCAUGUCUUGCAUUCAGCAGGUAAUUUAGUUGUGUACUUGUAUACAAUUUGAUGCUUAAGAAAAAUAGAAAAGUGGGAAAGUUCUCGAACAAAGUUUUUGUUAUGUAUGUUCAGAGAUUAUUAAGGUCAUGCCAGGAGCAUAUAGAUCACGAGGGUCUUUCACAGCAACUGUUACAGAUAAACACUCCCAAGCACCAUAGAAGGUACAUCUUGCCAGUUGGUGAAACUCUGCGUGGUCUUGAUGCUGAAGAUGACUGGUCUCAGUUUCGAAAUGAAAACCCCCCUGCAGUUGGAAAUGGGAGCUCUUCAACUCCUACUCCAAGACUUACUCAAGACUCUCGCGAUCUCUCAGUGUCAAAGACCGAGUCAAAACAAGAUUUAGUUCUAACAUUGGUAUCAGAUCACUCGCUCCUGGAGUCUUAAUUAUCGCGGAAGAGGAGGAUUUGUGAUUUGCGAUGCUGAGAUACGAACGAACGAAGAUGGUCGCUGAGCAGAAGAGAGAACCCUGACGGUCAGAACUGGAUGCCUUUGGUUCGAGCCUGGAAAAGCGUUCAAACAUGGAGAGGAAAUCUGCUAUGAAGAACAUCGUUGCAUCCCUGGCUGCGAUAAAUGAACAGUUUCCAACCAGAGGAAGAUCGCACACUUAUAAACAUCAACAAACAAAGGAAUCUGAGCGUCUAGAUGCGUCGGAAGGUAAUUCUGAUCACUCUCUCUCUAGUAAGGGUUGCGAUAGCAGUAGAAGAGAUAUUCGUACAAGAAUAAAGGUUGAACUACAGUUGUUUAACGGGGAUGAUGCAGACAGUUGGAUUGUGAGGAUGGAAGAAUAUUUCCGUCUCAAGGCUACUGGGGAGAAAAAUAAAGUUGAAGUCGCAACAGAGGCUAUGGAGGAUGAUGCGUUUGACUGGUUUCAAGGGUGGGAAUUUCAAACGAAAUGAAAGAGUUGGGAGGUUCUGAAGGAGGCAAUUAAUCGGCAUUUCUCAGCUCAUCAACUGAUCAUCAUCGAUAUCAUCAGGAGGGGUUUCUACUGGUUUGCAGAUUUCAGCCCAAUCAGCUCUUCCUAAUGUGUUAGUUUCAGCGUACCUAAAGGAAUCACGCGUUUUAGAAGUCAUAACUCCAGGCGCAAAAGGAAAAGGAUCUUCAGGUGACCCACAGCUGGGAACGAACAUUGAAUUGAAGCUGUCUGCACCUUCAAUUCAACAAUUGGAGACGAAAGAUGAUAUUCUGAAAGAGGCAGAAAACAUUGAUUCACCAGAUAAUCUAGAGAAGUCUGAAGAGCGCAAAUCGGAUAAUCUUACCUAUGAAGUUCGAAGGUAUACUAGUGCCUUAGACCGAAACCUAGAAGAUUUUAAAUUUGAGAUUGGUAGAGUUCCGGAAUUGGAUGUUCUAAAGGAAAUUAUGCACCCUUGUUUACGAAAAAAUAGUUUGGAAGGGAUGAAUAAGAUUGAUGAUGUUCCUUCUAUGAAGUAUAUUCCAAAUGAAAUGGGAGUAGUAAUUACUGGAAAGUAUAAGGAAAAUGUUAUGGUUUCAGAUUCUGAUAAUCCCGAGUUCUUCGGAAUACACAAAAUGCGGACUGAAAUCUCCAAGGAAAGUUGGAAGAGAAAAGAGAGUACAAACUGUGAGUACUUGGUGAUUAUCAACACACUUGCUGGAAGAUCUUAUAAUGAUUUAAGAGAGUAUCUUGUGUCUCUUUGGGCUCUAGCUGAUUAUGCAUCCAAGAAUUCCUUGCACUCUGGUACUCCUUUUCGUAGCUGGAAACAGAAAAUACCUUCAAGCAAUCUAUCUAAGUUCUGAUUGACAAUUUUGGAUAGCAAGAAGGGUGUAAAGGUAAUGAUGCAUAGUCUGGAGGAGUUGGUGUAUGGUGUCAUUAUUUUUCUGCAGAUAACAAAGCAGUAGACCCACACCAGGACCUGGUUGAUGGAUACCGACAAAUUCUUUACUAAAGUGGAAGAAAAAAGGUUUAUUGAAUCAUGGAAGGAGAAGUUUGCGGGAUCCCUGGGUGAGUGGAUACCAGACACUACUAUUUUCACCUUAGCUUCAGUGUCAGAAAAGAUAUUCGUAACAAAGGAUUCUGGAAAUGGUGGAGAUACUGUAGGAAAUAUUUGGGAGAAAAUUCGUGUAGAAGACAUUGCAACAAGGGUUGAUGAGCAAAUUGUGUAUGCAGCAGUUAAAGCAAUCGGCAUGGAUGUGCCUCUUCCUGUAAAAGUAAAUGCUUGUCAAGCACUGUCACAGUUGUUAAAUGAUACAAACUCUGGAGUCGAUUGGCCACACAUCAAGCACUUAAUUUCAUCAGUCAUCAAGCAUACUAUGAAUGGGAUUUUUGAGAUACUACGAGCUACUUUCAGGGCAGAUCAUUUUACCAGCCAGGAGGCUCUAGAAGUGGGUAGCUUGCUUUGGGACCUCUUGGCUACGCCCAAAUUUGUAUUUAAUGUGGUUUUUCUAUUGAAGGAAAGAAAUAAUUUGCAUUUAGACCAUAAUAUUGUAGUUAGCCGUUACAUAUCUUUGGCAUUUACUAUAGUAUUAUUAUUUACCUUAUAUACAUUAUUAGGAUGUGUAUAAAUUGCAGCCUUGUAAACCAGUUUUAACACACAGAAAUAUAUUCAAAACAUUCAUUCUCUUC